GCCGAACCUUGUAAAACAUAAAUGUGAGAUAGUCUUAUUUGCUGAUGACACCUCACUAAUUUUCAAAGUUGACAGGAAACUGAGCGAUUAUAGCCAAGUCAAUGAAACUUUGGAAAAGGUACUAGAAUGGUUCACAGCAAAUAACUUACUUCUUAAUGCGAAAAAGACGAAAUGUGUCAAAUUUUCGCUGCCGAAUGUAAGAAAAUCUGAAACUAUCAUCACAUUAAAUGGCGAAACGCUGGACCUUGUCGAGAAUACGGUUUUUCUGGGCCUUACUUUAGAUAGUAAACUGCAAUGGGCCCCUCACAUAUCUGCCCUGGCGAAAAGGUUGAGCUCUGCCGCGUAUGCAGUAAGAAGAAUCAGGCAGUUUACUGACGUGGAGACAGCUCGCCUAGUUUACUUCAGUUACUUUCACAGUAUUAUGUCUUAUGGCAUACUGGUGUGGGGCAAAGCAGCUGACAUAGAAACCAUCUUCGUUCUUCAGAAGAGGGCAAUCAGAUCCAUUUAUAACAUGGCUUCUCGUGACUCACUGAGAGAACGAUUCAAGGAAAUAGAUAUUCUCACAGUAGCUUCACAAUACAUACUAGAUGUGAUAAUGUAUACGCAUAAGAAUAUAAAGUCCUUUAAGAAACUGUCUAAUAUCCAUAGUUAUAAUACGCGAAAUAAACAUAAGUUAGUAGUCUCCAAGUUUCGUCUACAGAAAGUUAAAAAAUCGUUCAUGGGAAACUGUGUAACAUUUUGUGAUGGCGCGCGCAGCCGCGCAUCACAAUACCACGCCACCGCCGCGUGAUCUGUCCCGAGCUACCCAUCGCGCCGCAUGCCGGCCGCCGAGCGACUGAGAGUCGCUGCCCCCGCCCGCGCCCCGCGAGCCGCGCACUAUAAAAGCCAGCGCGGUCGCCUAGAUAGGAGGCAGUCGCUCUCACCGCCUUCUGCUGUGAGGACCGCUGCUCUCCCGGUACGAGCCGGCGUGUUUUCAGACGCGUUAAGGCUCCCGGUCCCUAGCCACCCUACCCUUUCUGAUUCCCGUAGGCCAGUUGAGCCGGCGUGUUUACAGACGCGUUAAGGCACCUGGAGUACGUACCCCUCCUGACCCCGUAGCCCAGUCGAGCCGGCGUGUUUACAGACGCGUUAAGGCACCUGGAGUACGUACCCCUUCCCGAUUCCUUAUCCCGGUCGUGCCGGCGUGUUUACAGACGCGUGAGGGCACCCGGGGUAUCCACCCCUAUACUAUCUCGCUCCCGUCACAACCACCCCUUCACUCUUAGGGGAUACCGAUCCCAAAACUCGCGAGUAGCUUAGGGUCCGCGCCGUCCCGUAAUCCUGUUGCUAUAAAUUAGAAUCAUCCCCCCCGCGUCGUACCUAGCCUAGGACAUCUAGAUUUAAGAAACCUUUAUUUUAUAAUAAACCGGCAUAAAAGCCCGCCGAUUUGUGUUACAGUAUUACCUUUGGUUUCUUUGUCUCACCCUGCACCCUCUCUCUCCUCUGAGCUAAUUAGGAAACCCUUGUUCCCGUCUGGAACAAGGGAGUUGUAUGAGGCCACGCCCGCCCCGGCGAACGUGACCCCAUCACAAUUUUAUAACAAAGUACCCUUAGAGGCAUGGAACCUGCCCUAUACUUCAUUCAAGCAAUACGUCAAAAAUGCACUUCUCAAAAAGGGAUACUAUAAAAUAGAUGACUACUUGGGAGACACGGAAUCAUGGCCAAGAAUCCAGUCUCAAAAGCUGUAAUAGUUUUGCGUGCAGUGUCCCGGAGAGGCAUAUGGCGCUGUUGUUUCUAGCUGUUCAACCUUAUGUAUUAAUGUUUGUUAUGUUUUAGUUAUUUUGAUGAUGACAUUGACAUAUUAAAUACAUAGUAGUUAUGUAUUCUGUAGAACUAGUUUUAAGAUUGUUAGCUUAACAGUCUCUUGACGUGAAAUAUGUAUUUCAUACAAUUUUUUAUUUUUUUUAUUCUUUGACAUUUGGAGAACCUUUACACCUCCAAAUCUUAUUAUUGUGUAUUAUUAUUUUUCUCAGACCGUGGGGACCUUAUACAUCUCCAAACUUAGUGUAUUAACCGUGGAGACUAUACGUCUCUGUCAUAUUGUAUAAUAUACUUGACUUGGUACAUACUAGUUAUGUACAGAAUGUAGCAUUAGUUUAUGAGACUGCUAGUUUAACAGUCCAGACGCGGUUUAUUUAUUUAGUAUAAAUUUUAUUUUGACACUUGGAGAGACUUUACACCUCCAAAUUUUAUUAAUAUUAGUACUCUGACAUUGGGGACCUUUUACAUCUCCAGAUUUAAUGUUUUUUAACCAUAGAGACCAUACAUCUCUAUUGUAUUGUAGUAAUUAUUUAUUUUAAGAUUAUUAUAAUGUAAUGUUUACCCAGGUAUUGGCUGUUGUAUUUAUAAAAUGUUGUUAUGUAUUUUUCAUGUCACUAUAUGAUGUUACUGUAAAUGUUGUAUUGACUUGUAAAAGAGCCCUUGAGGCCUACUUGCAGAAUAAAAUUUUGAAUUUUGAAUUUGAAUUUUGAAUUUUGAAUUAAAGGGAAGUGCCAUUUCUGCAAGCGGCCAGGUCACACAAAAGCACAAUGCUUCAAGCUCAAGAGGACCCGACCAUAUAAGGAGGACCAAGCCAUGGUGGCUUCCUUGAUGGUGCAACAGCAGUCAAAGAAGGAGUGGUUCAUUGAUAGUGGAUGUGUAGGUACAAGAAAAGGUAGCCGAGAGUCGAACUCGAUAGCUAGCGUUAGCUAAAGGGAGCGAAUGCGAUCUUUAUGAAAGAAAUGCGCGGCACAAUUUAUAUAGCUAUUUAAUUUACACUUACAGAAGGAAGUUACAAAAGGCACAGUAAAUAAAGAAAGAAAGAACACUAAAUUUAGAAGAGAAACAAUUAACACUAAAUAGGAAAUAAGUAAAUAACUAAACACAACAAAGUAGAACACAAAGCGAAAAAGCAAAGUGAAUUGCAAAGAGUGAUUCUAUACAAAGCAAGCGCGCGUGUGUGUUUGGCAAAGGCUAGGAUCGCAUUGAACGGCGAUCGACUGAGCGGCGUUAGGUAUAGCGGGGCGAGGGCGCGCGGGUGCGCGUGCGCAGACCGGCCGCUCGGACAAUAGGUGACGUACGGAGGUGGCGUGAUCUGCGGUUGCCCAAGCUCAUGAGCGGUAGCGAUUUUGCUCGCGUGUCAGUCCGCUACAGAUGUACUAGUCACAUGUCUAAUAAUAGAGACUACUUUAUAAACUUUAAGAAUCAUAGUACUAAAGUGACUGUUGCAAGCAAUGGUGUAUUACAAUGUGUUGGUAUUGGUGAUGUAGAAUUAACUUUAAUGGGUGUAAUUAGUGAUAUGUAUAUAGGUAAUGAGUUGUGGACCUACCUGCCAGUCUCAUAAUAAAUAGCCUACUGAACAGACGUGUGUCUUUAUCUUAUGCACCCUGCACAUAUACUACAUUGGCGAUCGACGAUUAAAUUAUGGACUAUUGAUGCGUGCAAAAUAAAAAUAUUGUUUUUUUUUUACUGUGUUAGUGGUGUUAAAAUAUUAAAUUGACUUGAGAGCGGUUAUUUUGUUGUGGUGCAUUAUUAGUGGUACAAAAAAUGUCGGUUGGGAAGAUCAAGGCUUUCGAAGUAGCUUCUUACAAUUGGACUAUGUACAUCGAGCGUUUGGAGAUGUAUUUUCAAGCAAACGACAUUAAAGCGGAUGUGCAAUUACCAACGUUGAUAGCGGUCAUGGGCGCGGAGGCGUACGAGCUGUUGAGAAAUUUGACUAGCCCUAAGAAGCCCGGGGUCUUGGAAUACUCGGAGGUCAUUAAGAUUAUGCAAGAGCAUGUGGAACCCAAGCCUUCGUUUAUGGCCGAGAGGUAUCGUUUCCGGCUGCGGCGUCAGGGCGAGGACGAAACCGUGGCACAAUACCUCACGGAACUCAAGAGAUUGUCGAAACAUUGUGAGUUCGAGUCGUCAUUAGAGGACAAUCUCCGUGACCAGUUAACGUGUGGAUUAAAAAAUGAUACUAUCAAACAACGUCUCUUUGCCGAGAAAAAUUUAACCUAUUUAAAAGCGGUAAGCCUUGCGUUCUCGUUGGAAGCGGCGGAGAGGGACGCAGCGACUGUAGAACGCCCGUGUGCGAGCGAGAGUAACGUUGCCAGAUCGGACAUGGCGUCCGUAAAUUCGAUCACACCGGGACCACGUGGCGGAAAUAGAGGCAACAAUCCGAAUAACCGACAGAAUAAGAGUGCCAGCACCAGCAAUAUGCCGAAUAAUGGCUCCAAAUGUGCAGUGUGUGGACGGGAAGGCCACCGUGAAGCGGGUUGCCGUUAUAGAAAUGCCACAUGCAGCAAGUGUGGGUGCAGGGGGCAUCUUAGGCGGGUGUGCCCGUCUUGGGAAGCAGCCAGCGGUCAGGGGGCGGCCGGGGGGCGCAGCUCGGGCGCCGGCACACGCGGCGCGGGCGCUGGCGGUCGCGGCUCGCGGCGCGCCUUUCACCACGUCCAGGCGGCACAAUAUGAGACUCCAGGGGCCGACGAGGGCAAUUCGUCGGAAACCGAAUUUGAAGAGAGUUUGCAUCAUCUCUGCUUGAACGACUACAGUGCGGUAUAAGGAGCUAUUCAGCGGCGGGCUGGGGCGGUUUACGGGCGGCAAGGCGACUCUUCGCGUAAAGGAAGGCGCGGCACCGGUGUACUGUCGCGCGCGCCCUCUGCCGUAUGCGCUGCGCGAUCGGGUAGAC